AUACUGAAAGAAGGAACAAGAUGAGUAGACACUUGAUUUGCGCCUGCCUGCUCCUGGGCAUGCUAUCUCUGGCUCUGGCUGCCAAGAGACCCAUCUCGGAUUGCGGCGAACGAAUCGAGAACGAUGGCUAUCCCAUGGAGCGCCACACCGUGGUCACCGAGGACAACUACAUUCUGACCAUGCAUCGCAUACCCUACUCCCCCAAGACAGGCGACACUGGAAAGCGACCAGUUGCGUUCCUCAUGCACGGCAUGCUGAGCUCCAGCUCCGAUUGGGUGCUGAUGGGUCCCGGCAAGGCCUUGGCCUACAUCCUCUCCGAUGCAGGCUACGAUGUCUGGAUGGGCAAUGCCCGCGGCAAUACGUACUCCAAGGCCCACAAAUACUGGCCCACCUUCUGGCAGCUGUUCUGGAACUUCAGCUGGAACGAGAUUGGCAUGUACGAUGUGCCCGCCAUGAUUGACUACGCGUUGGGUGUGACUGGCGAGAGCCAGCUGCAGUACGUAGGCCACUCCCAGGGCACCACCGUCUACCUGGUCAUGAUGUCCGAGCGCCCCAAAUACAAUGACAAGAUCAAGUCGGCCCAUCUGCUGGGCCCCGCCGCCUACAUGGGCAACAUGAAGAGUCCUUUGACACGCGCCUUCGCUCCCAUUCUGGGCCAGCCCAAUGCCAUGGUCGAGCUCUGCGGCUCCAUGGAGUUCAUGCCCAGCAACAAGUUCAAGCAGGACAUGGGCAUUGAGAUGUGCAAAGCCACCUCGCCCUACGCUGAGAUGUGCGCCAAUGAGAUCUUCCUGAUCGGCGGCUACGAUUCCGAGCAAUUGGACUAUGAUCUGCUGGAGCACAUCAAGGCUACAUCGCCCGCCGGCGCUUCGGUCAAUCAGAAUCUGCAUUUCUGCCAGGAGCACAACUCCGGCAAAUUCCGCAAGUUCGAUUACUCUGUGUUCCGCAAUCCCUACGAGUACGGCAGCUACUAUCCGCCGGAGUACAAGCUAAAGAACGCCAAGGCACCCGUCCUACUGUACUAUGGUGCCAACGACUGGAUGUGCGAUCUGAAGGAUGUGCGAAAGCUGCGCGAUGAGCUGCCCAACAUGGCGCUCGAUUAUCUGGUGCCGUUCGAGAAGUGGGCCCAUCUGGACUUUAUCUGGGGCACUGAGGCCAAGAAAUACGUGUACGACGAAGUCGUGAAGCAAAUGUCUAACUACGAAUAGUUUCUUUAUUCAAUCAAACGAUUCAAGCAUUAAAGGGCAUUGGUCAAGCAAUCA